CUCGCUUGCCCCCUCCAGCCGCUGGAAGUAGAAAUCUUUGCAUGCUGUGUCUGCGGGCAAUUUCCUCAGUGCUGCUGCUUCGUUUACAUUUUCUGCGCGACCAUGUCUCGAGGCUCCAGCGCCGGGUUUGACCGACAUAUUACUAUCUUUUCCCCUGAGGGGCGCCUUUAUCAAGUAGAAUAUGCAUUCAAGGCCAUAAACCAGGGUGGACUGACAUCAGUAGCUGUUCGUGGAAAGGACUGUGCAGUUGUUGUCACACAGAAAAAAGUACCUGACAAGCUGCUGGAUUCUAGCACAGUGACUCACUUAUUCAGGAUAACUGAAAAUAUUGGAUGUGUAAUGACCGGAAUGACAGCGGACAGUAGAUCUCAGGUGCAGCGAGCCCGCUAUGAGGCUGCUAACUGGAAGUACAAGUAUGGUUAUGAGAUUCCAGUGGAUAUGCUGUGUAAAAGGAUUGCGGAUAUUUCUCAGGUCUAUACACAGAAUGCUGAAAUGAGACCUCUUGGUUGCUGUAUGAUUAUGAUUGGCAUUGAUGAAGAAAACAAUCCUCAGGUAUACAAGUGUGAUCCAGCCGGAUAUUACUGUGGGUUUAAGGCCACAGCUGCAGGGGUCAAACAAACAGAAUCAACCAGCUUUCUUGAAAAGAAAGUGAAGAAAAAAUUGGACUGGACAUUUGAACAGACAGUGGAGACAGCAAUAACCUGCCUUUCUACUGUUUUGUCUAUUGACUUCAAACCAUCUGAAAUAGAAAUAGGGGUUGUUACAGUUGAUAAUCCAAAAUUCAGGAUUCUUACAGAAGCAGAGAUUGAUACACACCUUGUCGCUCUAGCAGAGAGAGAUUAAUUCUGUUUAAAAUUCCCCAUUCUGUGAUUACAAAGCAGAAUGUCUGGUGAAUACAAAUGGUGGUUCUGAAUUAUGAGAUGAAAACCGAAUGCCCUCUAUCCAAUGUAUUUCUUCACCACGAAUAAAUAAACUGAGGUUUUGGAAUGGUUUGUUCUCUUUAUUGCUUGAUAUUGAAGUCAUGAUAUGUCAGUGAUGCUGUGACUCAAUCUAUAACUAUUUUAUUCCUUAUAUAUCAAAAUAAUUUCCUUUGACAAUACAGUAUAGUCCCUCUCCAAUCUUUAAGUCUUCCAAAAUUUUAGAAACCAUAGCAUACUAAUGAAGGAUCCCUUACUGCUAUUGGAAACAGCAAAAAAAUCUGCUAUAUUGUUCUUCUGUACAUGUGAAAAGUUAGGCCCAUUGAUCUUGUUUUCCUUAUUUCUGGAUAAACAUAUGUGGAGCACUAGCUUCAUUUACUGUAUCUUCUUGGUAUAUAGUGAGAAUCCAAUAAGCAGAGGCGAAUACAAUUAAUAUAAUUCAAGUCCAAUUGAAAUGACAAAAGUAACAUUAAUAAAACUGGGUUAAUGUGUUAUGGUCUUCUCUGUGAAGGAAAUGAGUAGGGGUAUGCAAAAUGUUUCAUUUGAAAUAGUUUGAAACACACCAUUUUGUAUACCCCUAGAAGUAAUUUCCUCAAUCUCUAUGAGGUUCUGAAUUAUUAGGAUAUGGAUAGCCAUAGGAGUGGUGUCAAAAUUCAUAUUGGGUGUAUAAUUUAUUAGGCUAACUUGUCUUUCACCAGUCCUGAUGCCUUCCAGCAUGUCUGCUCCAAAGAUCCUCUAGCCAAACUGGCAGUCUUUGCAGUAACUUAAAUCAUAAAAUGUGAGAGCUCUUGAGAUCUCCAGAUCUCUUCAUCAGUUAAAAUAACAGAAAAACAGGUUCAGGGAGGGAAGAGGAAACUACAGCCUUUCCCAUUAAGAUUUUACCAGUUCUUGGGAUAACUUCAGGUUGCAAUCAGAACUGCUUAUAUGAAAACUGCUGCUUGAUCAGCACUUUUUUUGGGGGGGAAAACCCUCAAUUGGUCAUCAUCACAGUCAGCAGGACUUGUAGCAGUUUAAAAGCAACAUAUAAAAAUACAAUAAAACAUCUGAAAUGUUAAAUGUAGCUAUUGUUUUAAUCCAUUUCAUAUCUUAAGCAAAGCAUAUUAAGUUUUUAAUUUUAUGUGUCAGUUUCCAUUUCUGCUCACUCUAACUUGGGUAAUACCUGACUCUUAUAUUUCAAGAAUCCAGCAUACCUUUGCAGUUUAUGUAAAGUAUUACAAAAUAAUACAUAUUUUUCAAGUUUUUAAAUUACCCUCCUAACCUUAUAGUAUAGAAGACAAUGUGAAUUCUUCAGAUGAUUUUAUAAAGCUUUCCUAAAUUCUCUAGAAACCUUGUUAUACAUGAAAUAGUAAACUUAAUAAAAUGGUUGGUUAAGACCUCUUGCAAAGUCAGCAGCAAUGAAAAAAAGAUUUUGGCUCCCUCAGCAUGCCCACCAGCCUAGUUUAGAGUACUUGAGAUCCUCCAAAGCAGAUCUGAGUAUGAGAAAGAUACAGAUUUGCUUCAAUGGGGAAGUAAAAAAAUUGCAUAUCAGUGUUAAAUAAACAUUUUAUUUUGACAUUCCAGCUUGCAGAAAUAUUGUAUAACUUGCUAUUGGUGUAUGUACAUUGGUCCAAAUAAAGGAAUUAUUUUUCUUU